AAAAGAAAUACGAUAAGUGCAGUGAGGGGCAGGACAACUCAAACCACCUGCCGGACUUGAAUACGAACUUGGCCUCGGGCUACGAGGCAAGCAACGUUAAUACCAACUUAUUGACCUCGGCCAGUGUAACAACCAAUGUUAAUACCAGUUUGUUAACUUCGGCCAGUGCAACAACCAACGUUAAUACCAACUUGUUGACCUCAGCCAGUGCAACAACCAACGUUAAUUCCAACUUGUUGACCUCGGCCAGUGCAACAACCAACGUUAAUACCAACUUGUUGACCUCGGCCAGUGCAACAACCAAUGUUAAUACCAACUUGUUGACCUCGGCCAGUGCAACAACCAACGUUAAUUCCAACUUGUUGACCUCGGCCAGUGCAACAACCAACGUUAAUACCAACUUGUUGACCUCGGCCAGUGCAGCAACCAACGUUAAUACCAACUUGUUGACCUCGGCCAGUGCAACAACCAACGUUAAUACCAACUUGUUGACCUCGGCCAGUGCAACAACCAACGUUAAUACCAACUUGUUGACCUCGGCCAGUGCAACAACCAAUGCUAAUACCAACUUAACCUUGGUCAAUGCAACAACCAAUGUUAAUAUCAACUUGAUGGUGUCGUGCAACGCAGCAACAAAGUUUGGCCAGGGCAAUAAACAAUCAGAAGCGGGCCAUUUGGAAGGCUCUGCAUCAUUAUGCCAUGAAAGGCAAGCAUCGUCGUGGCUGGAGCGUUCGGUGUCACCAUUGCUAGAAGGACCCAUGUUGCACUGGCUGAAAGGUCCAGUGCUGUCGCGCCUGGAAGGCCCGGUGCCGUCGCACCUGGAAGGCCCAGCGCUGUCGAACCUGGAAAGCCCAGCGCCAUCGUGCCAGGAAGGCCCAGCGCCAUCACGCCUGGAAGGACCCUCUUCAUGUCCGGAAGGCACAGUGUUAUCACGUCAAGGAAACCCAGCGUCGCCACAUCUGGCCGGUCCGGCAUCAUCACGUCUGAGAAGCCGAGCUGCAACGUUGUGCAGAAGCUACACUAAGGUAGAUAGCAGUGACACUUUUGUGGACUCCUGUUGUGAGGAUGACUCUACUGAGACUGAUGACAGUGACUGGACUCCAUGUGGCAGGAACAGUGACGCUGCGGAUUCCAGUGAUGAGUAUUUCAGUGACAGCGGUGCGGGCAAUAAAACUAUAAAUACAAUGGACAAAUGUCCAAAGCCUAAAAGUGUUGCUUCACAAGAAGUCCCAAUUAACAACUUGAACUUAACUGGGCCUGUCAGUACUCAAGAUGUAGAGUUUGCUGUGUAUCGGCCACCUGGACCAUUUCCAUACAACUCUCUUCAGAACAAGAGAGGCUCCUCAGAAAAUGUGGCUUCGCAACUUUCCCAGAGUGACAACGUACAAUUAGGGAAACUUCUCAUCAGUGAAGACAAGCAAGUCACUGCUGCCAAGAGACCACAGUCCCUGAGUGACAAGGUACAAUUAGGAGAACCUCUCACUGCUAAGAGACCAAGGACCUCAAGUAACAACGUUCAGUUAGAGAAGCCUCUCACUGCUGAAGACGUGCAGGUCACUGCUGCCAAGAGAUCACAUCAGACACAAGAGUCAUUUCUGUCCACUUCUCACAAGAAUGGAUCAGAUUUGUGUGAAAAUGUUGUUUCCCAACAGUCUUCAAAUAACAAACUGCACUUGAUGGAUCCUUCCAUCAUUAAAUCCAAGCAAUGCAGUGCCUCAAAUGCACUAUGCGAGACAUCGGGAUCAUUGUCACAUGAUUCUCACCAGAAUUUGAGAGGUUUCCCAGAAAAUAUUAUCUCACAACACUUUACAUGUGACAAAGCACAUUUCAAGGAACCACUUAGCACUGAAGAAAGGCAAUUCAUUAUAUUGAAUGGACCAUGUCAACCACCAGGACCAUUUCCACCCAGUUCUCUGAAUGGAAAAUGUUUCUCGGAGUCAUACUACACGGUGGUAAACAAAGCCGGUGUGAAACUCCCACGACGGUGGCUCUGCUACUCAGCAGCAUCAGACUUUGCAUACUGUGAAGCAUGCUGGCUUUUUGCAGAUUCAGAGGGGGAGAGCUCUUGGAUAACAGGAAUGAGUGAUUGGUAUUGGAUUGAAAGCAAUAUUAAAAGACACGAAAACUCGAGCCACCAUCUCCAGUGCUGCAUGAUACUUGAGCAGAGACGUUUGCAGGAGAAUUUGACCAAGAAUGUGCAGGAAGAUCCAAUAAAGAAUGCUGUCUUCUGGAGGCAGGUUAUGGAAAGAAUAAUCAGUACAACACUGACAUUGGCUGCCUCGUACAUAUUGCUGGGAAGUAAAAAGGAACAAGGAACUAUAUUUGAUAAUCAUGGGAACUUUUUUUCCAUUAUUACCCUGCUUUCAAAACAUGAUCCUGUGCUGGACAAGCUGCUAUGUAUGCCGGGAGCAGCGAGUAAGUUCUACAGUCUCAAAUUACACAAGGCUCUGAUUGAUUUACUUUCCAAGGGCAUCAGAGAUGAAAUAAUAAAAGAUGUGAAUACGGCACCAUUCUUUUCUGUGAUGAUGACCACGACACAAGAUCUGGGCAACACAAACCACCUUAGUCAGGUAGUUCGCUAUGUUUCUGUCUGCACUGACCACAAUGGUAAACCAGUAGAAAUACAAAUCAAAGAAUCCUUCAUGGGAUUUGUUUCAACUGACGGUCAGUCAGCAGAUGGACUUAACAUAUUAAAACUACGUGGUCAAGGCUACGAUGGGGCGGCUUGUAUGAGUGGUGUAUAUGCAGAUUUGCAAGCAGCCAUUAACUCUAUGCAACCAAAAGCUGGUUAUGUCCAUUGUGCUGCUCACAACUUGAAUGUAGUCCUGAAGGAUGCAAUGUCUAGUGUAACAGAGGUUAAGAAUUUCUUCAAUGUUAUAAAACAUGUACACAGUUUUUUCUCUCAAAACUUCAGUCAGUGGCACAAACUUGCCUAUUUUUCAUCUGUAUCUAAUGUCGCUCUAGAGAGUUUAUAUUCAGCAAGUUGGUCAUCAUGGCAUGACGCGCUCUUAGCUUUUCGUUAUGCCUUGGCAGAUGUUCACAAACUUCUAAGCAACAUUACUCUCCUGAGCAAGAAGGAAGAGGAAGUAUCUGAAGCAACUAUUCUUAAAUCAAAAAUUGAGCAAUUUCAAUUUAUCUUUCUUACUGUGCUAAUUACUAAAAUUUUUGAGUUUAUCAGCAGUGCCUCAAUAUUAUUUGAGUCUCCACAGUGUGAUCUCGCCAAAGCUGCUGUUCUUCUCCAAACAUCGUAUACUGCUCUACAGGAAACUAAAAACAACUAUGGUUCCAUCCGAGAGAUUUCUGUAGGGAUUGCCAGAACCUGGGGAGUAUCGGAGUGCUUCGAAGAAUUCCAACCACCAAGUGUUGAUAAACUUUCCGACAAGCUCUCUGAUGGCAAAAAAUCAAAAUAUUCUGAAAAAUGGUUUGAAAUGAAUGUGUUUUAUGCUACACUAGACAUAGCUUCCACACAGACUAAACUUCGUUCUGAUAGUCUGAUUCGUGUAGUAUCUACGUUCAAAGCCAUUCAACCAUCAGUACUGGUGUCGGCUACUGAUGAUGAGUUGUUUGCAGCUGGAGAAAUACUAGUUAGACAAUAUGAAGCAGACUUGUCGCCAACUCUACCCAACCAACUUCUUGCAUUUAGAUCGUUGAUUAAACCUGAACUCAGUAAAAUGUCAACAGUGCUGGAAAUUACUUCACUUUUAAUGGUGGAAAAGUACGUUCUCUCUGCGAGUUUUCCGGAUAUCUGCACGGCAUGCACAUUAUUUCUCACAUUACCGGUUACAGUUGUAACAUGCGAGUCAUCCUUGUCAAAAGUGCAGCAUAUUAACAACUAUCUUAGAAGCAUUUUGUCUCAAGAAAGACUCGGCAGUCUGGCCAUGUUAUCAAUCGAGAAUGAAUAUUCAAAGAAGAUGAACUCGUCAAACAUCAUUGACACAUUAAUCAAGCUGGUUACGAGAGAAUCUGCUGCAGUAGGUCCUCAACCACUGUGUAUUGACUUGGUAACUACUGGCGACAGCAUCAACAGCAGCUGUAGUGAAGAUAGUGACAUUGUAUCGUUAAUGACUGACAGGGAGGAAGAUGAGCUGCUUUCGGCUCGCGGAGGUGGACCUCCAGUCUCAUCCCCGCCACCCAUGGUGCCCCAUGCUCCACCACCACCCCCACAACCAGAGAUGUCCCACUCACCACCCCCACCACCAGAGAUCCCCCACUCACCACCCCCACGACCUGCAGUCCCCCACGCUCCACCACCACCACCACCAGAGAUCCCCCACUCACCACCCCUACGACCUGCAGUCCCCCCCGCUCCACCACCACCACCAGAGAUCCCCCACUCGCCACCACCACCAGCGGUCCCCAACUCACCACCAUCAGCUACUACUGAUCCACCAGAUCAAGUAAUCCAGCCACAAGUCUUAAACAGAAUUGAAAAUUAUGAUGGAGCGUAUAUACGAUAUUCGUUUUCAAUCCCCACGCACGUUAACACAUUCCCUAGUGUGUAUUUAAGAACAUUCAGACAAUUUUUUAUUGACCAGAUUAUGACCCAAUUCACCCCAAAACACCCCUCACUGUUCAUUUACCCAGACAUCACUCUGAUUGUACGUAAUUUAAAUGUGUGUGAAGAAGAGGAAGAUAUGCUGGACCCAAUCAAUAAUGACGGUUUUCCUAUAUGGGGCAAGGGGCGGACAAUUACGCGAGAGGAAGUAAACACGCUUAUAGAUUUCUGGGCUGAUGAGUUAGACGAAAAAAUAUCUCGCUAUUUAGAAGAAAGGGAACGAUCGAAUGUAGUUGUUGAAUGUCUAACUGGGUUUUACAUCAACUGUGGUCAAAUUGAGCACCCCAUAAGACUAGGUUCGCGAGUAGAGUAUCCUUAUGGUUUGCGCGGGAAACAACUUGUUUUCAAUCCUUAUGGUGAACUUAAUAUCUGUCUUAUGCAAUGUCUUGCUGCAUAUAAAUGUUUAGCUAUGGGUAUGCAUCUAGGUAAUAUUCGCAGCAGAUCUGUGAAAGCUAGCUGGUGUCUAAGAUACAUAAACUGGCCAGCAGAUAUUAAUUCCCCAGUAACAUUUGAGGAUAUCGGUAAAGUAGAAAAAAUUAACAAUGUCAGAAUCUUUGUUUAUGCACUGGAAAGAGGUGAAAAUACAAGACAAUAUUUCAUUGCCCUAGCUAGGAAAGGAAGAGGGGAACAUAAAGAUAUUGUACCACUGCUAAUGUUGGAAUCUCAACAUCUGGUGUUGAUUAAAGAUUUUAACAAGUAUGUACGCAAUAUGCGUAAUGCUAACGACAUCCCUAGACAUCACAUCUUUUGUCAUUGUUGUUUGAUUUCACUUUCACCCACUCAUAUGCAAGCUCAUGAGGAGUCGUGUAAAGCUCAUCAAACCCUUACAUUUUAUUCAGAAGAGAGGAAGAUUACAUUCCGUAACUAUGGACGAGAAUAUGGACCAAGUCACAUGUGUUUUUAUGACUUUGAGUGUAUUCUAGAUAGAUCUAACCCUAAAGGUAUGAUCGAGUCACGUCAUAACGCGGUAGCUUACGCUUACAUUAUCAUUGACAGACAGAUGAACAUUGUCAAGACAGAUACCUAUUUAGGUAAAGAUGCUGUCAAUCACUUUGUAACCACACUAGAAGCGUCAUGGGCUAGAAUCAAGAGGGGACAAGAAUCUUACAAACUUGACAUGUCCCCACAACAAGAAGCUAUAUUUGAGACAAAAACAGUCUGUGAGCUCUGUGAUGAACCCUUUAACGGGGAUGAUGUAAUCAAAGUCAAACAUUACGAUCACACUGUGAGAGUUCAUAAUUAUAAAGCUGCUUACUGUGAUCGUUGUAAUUUGCAGUGUAUAAAUUCCAAUGAGUUUCUCUACUCUUUCUCACACAAUGCUUCAUAUGAUUUGGGGGUGAUCCUAAACGAGAUAAAGAAGCGACCUAAGAUGAAAAUAGAUAUAUUGGCUAUGGAUGGAUUUAAAUUUACGAACGUUGGUGUGAACACGUUGCUAUUUUUGGAUAGUUUAGCCCUUCUUAACGGUUCACUAGGAAGAAUUGCUAAAGACCACAUUGAUAGCGGUAAACCUACCACCUUUACUUUAGCUAUGCUACAGGGUGUAAAUAAGGCAGCUAUCCCUAAACUGUUAAAUGGUAAACAAGCUUUCUGUUACGAUUACUUGUCAUCCAUGAGUGUACUAGAUGAGCCACGUCUUCCUUCUCGCGAUAAGUUUUACAACACGUUGAAAGAUGAAGAGUUAUCAGAAAAAGAGUAUAAGCAGGCGUUAGAAAUUUUCGAUCUAGCUCAGUGUCACAACAUUGGGGAAUAUCUCAUUCUAUAUCUCAAAGUAAACACUGGAUUGUUAGCAGAUGUGUUCACAGUCUGGCGAGAUACAUUGCUUACCCUCUACAAAUUAGACAUUUCUCACUACAUUUCUCUCCCCUCAUUUGCUUGGGAUGCAUUCUUGCUUAAAUCUAAAGUUGAACUGGAUGUAGUGUCAGACCCACUGUUAUAUGACUUACUCUGCCGGAAUCUCCGUGGGGGGUUCACAAGUGUAACUAGACAGUACACGAAUGUGGAGAACCAACACACAGGCUCAGAGCCGAGUGAUGAUAGUAGUUACAUCAUCUACUUGGACUUCAACAGCUUGUACGGUGUGUGUAUGACUGAACUGCUCCCCCGCGGUGGUAUACGGAAGCUGACUCACAAUGAGCGUGACAUAAUGAUAGAGCGGGGAUUGGAGAAUAUCGCGUGUGAUGGACCCAAAGGAUACUGGGUAUUGUGUGAUACAGUGCAGGUUUCUCCAGAGGUCGCUAGGUAUACGGAUGAACUACCCCUAGUUCUUUCACACGCUUGCAUUACAGAAGAUCAGAUUUCAACUUACAGUAAGAAUAUUCUUACCGAAGAAAGACGCGGUCUGCCUAAAAACAACACUAAAUUAAUUGCUUCACAUCUUCCUCAGAAAGAUUAUCUGGUUAGUCUUGAUUUGUUACAGCUGCUCAUGCAUAUUGGAUUAGAAGUAGCUAAAGUUCAUGACAUCUACGAAUUUGACCAGGAGGCCUAUCUUAAAGAUUUUAUUGAAACCAAUGUUCGUGAACGAGCCACUACCAAAUGUGCUAUAAAAAAAAAGGCUUUCAAACUUGUAUCAAACUCUAUCUAUAGUAAGAGUCUCACAGAUGUAUCUAAAUAUGGGAACAAACACUACUUGGUCACAGAUCGUAAAGCUUUCCUAAAAUGCACGGGUAACCCUUUCUUCAAGCGUAGUCUGUUGUUAAGUAAAGACCGUGUGAUCUGCACUGUAAAUCCGAAGUCUCUCCUAGUCAACACUCCUGUGUAUCUUGGCUACCACAUACUCCAAAUUGCUAAGAGACGUCUCUAUGAGUUCUGGUACAAUGUGGUAAAACCGGCAUAUGGGGAUAAAGCCAGUCUAUUAUAUACAGACACAGACUCUUUUAUCAUUAAACUUAACUGUUGUGAUGUGUUUGAAGAGCUGAAUAAGGCUCCUCUCGUUGACUGUAUGGAUUUUAGCAACUUUCUUGACACUCGCCCAUCCUACCCCAUAUCACGCGAAGGUGAACUAGGGUUGCUCAAGUCAGUAAUUGGGACUAAGAUCAUUAAUCAAUUAAUUGCUCUUAGACCUAAAACAUACUCUUUCACCACACAGGAUGGAGACCACACCUGUAAGUGUAAGGGAGUACCCUACCACCUCCAAGAGAAACUGUCACACGAAUCAUUUCAACGCGCGCUUGAAACGAACACUUCAAUCCGGUUUGUCUCCAGAUCUAUCCGAAAUGUGCAAGGAAAGAUCUGCACAUGUUGCAGUACGUGCAGAGGUUUGUCAGCUUUUGAUGAUAAACGCUACAUUCUAAGCCCAACUCAGUCGCUAGCCUAUGGUCAUCCCGAUAUCCCGAAUGAUGAUGAUAAUGAUGAGAUGCAAGUAGUAGUGGUGACGUAGCUAGAUGAUGGUGAUGAGGAGGUGGUUGUCGAAGUGGCAGAAGUAGGACAACCCUUUCUCCCCCCUCCCUGCACUACUGCAGACACUUUACUCCAUAUUCCUUCCUUGUAGUAGGAGAGCAACCGUCCUCUUAAAAAUAACGUAACUUUUGGCUCGUAUGCGCGCUAUGGCCGAAUUUGGACGUAAUUUGAAAUGAAACCGACUCACAAAAGUGACGUACUGUUCCGUUUCCUGUUUGAGUCGU